ACGUGGAACUGGUGCUUUUAAAUCAAGAGUGGGAUUGCCAGCACCUACUCCUGUGAUUAAUAGUAAAUAUGGACUGAGAGAAACAGAUAAACGAUUGAACAGACUUAAAAAGUUGGGUGACAGCAGCAAAAAUUCAGACAGCCAGUCCGUCAGCUCUAACACUGAUGCGGAUACCACUCAGGAAAAAGCUAAUGCAACUAACAGAAAAUCUUCAAUUGGCGUAAAAAAGAACAGCAAAAAUAGAACAUUAACAAGACAGUCUAUAUCAAGAAUUCCAGCAUCAUCAAAUUCUACCUCAUCUAAACUAACUCAUAUAAAUAAUUCCAGGGUACCAAAGAGACUGAAAAAGCCUGCAAAGCCUUUACUUUCAAAGAUAAAGUUGAGAAAUCAGUGCAAAAGGCCAGAGCAAAAGAAUGCUUCUAGAAAGCUCGAAAUGGGAAAUUUAGUUCUCAAAGAGCCUAAAGUAGUUUUGUAUAAAAACUUGCCCAUUAAAAAGGAUAAAGAGUUGGAGGGACCAGUCAAAGUUGCAGUCUCUAGUGGAUGCUUAACAAGGCAUGCAGCAAGAGAACAUAAACUGAAUUCUGUGAAAGGUGCUCAUGAGCAUGGUGAUAUACCACCCUGCACAUACAUAACCAGGAGGUCAAUGAGAACAAGGAUGAAUUUGAAGGAGACCUCUGACAUAAAGCUUGAACCAAAUAUGUUGGAUAGCUAUAAGAAUAAUUUGACCGGAACGCAAUCGGACGUUUUAGAGCAGCAGUCUCAUGUGAUAAAUGAAAAUGAUGUGGCUCAUGGACCAUCACAUAAAGGGGAGAUUAGGUGCCAGAAAAAUGAUGCAGGCAUGUCAAAAAAGAAAUCUCGACAAGGAAAACUUGUGAAACCAUCUGCAAAAAUAGAAGAAACUGAUACUACGCACAAUACACCUGUGAAAGAUGAAGUACCAGAUUUAAUUAGUUCUCAUUCAGAACUCGGAGAGAGGAAUAAUGUGGUGGAUGCCCCUGUUGGCUAUAAAGACUGUAUCACUGGAUCUGGUGGCUGCUCUGUUGUAACAUCUGACAAUUUUAAAGCAAAAGACAGCUUUAGAACUGCUAAAAGUAAAAAGAAAAGACGAAUCACAAGGUAUGAUGCACAACUUAUCCUUGAAAAUAGCUCUGGGAUCCCUAAACUGACUCUUCGUAGACGCCAUGAUAGCAGUAGCAAGGCAAAUGACCAAGAAAGUGAUGGAAUGAAUUCUUCAAAAAUAAGCAUCAAAUUAAGUAAAGACCAUGAAAAAGAUAAUAAUUUAUAUGUAGCAAAGCUAAAUAAUGGGUUUAACUCAGGAUCAGGCAAUAGUUCAACAAAAUUAAAAAUACAGCUAAAACGAGAGGAAGAAAACAGAGGGACAUACCCUGAGGACCUUCAUGAAAAUGGUAUGUGUUGUAGUGAAACUCUCUCCCUUUUGGAGUCAAGAAUGGAAGUAGAUGAUUAUGGUCACUAUGAAGAGGAAACCGCAGAUGAAUCUUCGUCAGAAGAGGAUGAUGAAGAGGAAGAUGACUAUGAUGAUGAAUUUGAUGACUUUAUUCCUCUUCCUCCAGCGAAGAGAUUAAGGCUUAUUGUUGGCAAGGAUUCAAUAGAUAUCGAUAUUUCUUCCAGGAGGAGAGAAGAUCAGUCUUUAAGGCUCAAUGCAUAAGCUUAUAGGUCUUAAACUGACCUGGAUGUCAUUUUUAAAAAA